AUGGCCUGGACUCUGAUUGCUACGAUCAUUCCAAUUCUUCUUUUCUAUCUUUGGAAAAAUGUUACAUCUUAUCGAACGAAACAAUAUGCCAGGUUUCCCCAGCUUCCACCAUCGCUAUCAUGGGGCCAUUUGUCCACGCUUGGGAAACUCGUGAAGACAAAUCGACCCAAUAUACACAUCGGUCUGACCCUCAAAGCCAUGUACCGUGGUCUCGGCAAGCCUGCGCUAUUUGUUGUCGAUUUGCGACCAGUGAGCUAUCCGAUGUGCGUGAUCCGUGAUCUGCGAUCAUAUGUUGCAGAGCAAAUAUCCAAAAGCUCGAAUCUCUUUCAGUACAGUGCACCCAAAUCACACAUAUCUCGCUCGUACAGUGACAUGAUGGGUCCACUCUCCAUUGUUCUUGCAGAGAAUGAAGAGUGGAAAAGCCUUCGCAAGCAAUUCAAUCCAGGAUUCGCCCAUAAGCAUCUCAUCAAUCUAAUGUCAUGUAUUCUAGAAAAGACACGACUUUGCUUGACGAAGCUCGAUCAUUAUGCCAGCACUAACGAGGAAUUCCCACUGGAUGAGCUAUGCCCAAAUUUGACAUUUGACAUUAUCGGCGCUGUUACCAUGAAUAUUGAUCUCGGAUGGAAACUAUUACUGCCUCUCCAGAGAAAGGUAAUCUCUCGUCAACUUGGUACACACAUCAAAGAGCAUAUUAAGGAAAUGUUUGAGGAGCAGUCAACUCCACACAAUCCGUCUCGCAGUUUAACACCCGAAGUUCUAGACCGGACCUGCGACCAACUCAAGGCUUUCCUAUUUGCUGGCCAUGAUACAACAAGCAUCUUGCUACAAUGGACAUUCUACGAACUAUCUCGGACUCCGCAGGUCUUGCGCCGUGUUUGCUUGGAACUGGAUGAGAUUUUUGGUCCCGACUCGGACCCAACCCAUAUUCGAGCUCAAAUCUUAGAACAUGGAGAGAAUGUUCUCCAAAGAAUGACCUACACCUCUGCGGUUAUCAAGGAAAUUCUUCGUCUGUAUCCACCAGCUGCGACGGCGCGAUUUUCCAACCCAAACGCCGGUCUGAGCGUUCGACUACCAGACGGUCAAGAUAUGUGCCUGCAUGGGUUGAUGCUCUACAACUGCCAGAGUAUCAUACAGCACGACCAAGCCGUGUAUGGCGACAAAAGCAAUCAGUUUAUUCCCCAACGCUGGUUGGACACCGGCUCCACAAUACCGGCGAGUGCUUGGCAGCCAUUCAAGCGUGGACCAUGCAACUGUAUUGGACAAGAGCUAGCGAAUAUCGAAGCACUUGUGAUUCUCGCAUGUGCCGCACGGCGAUAUGAUUGGGAAAAGGUAGGGCUUGGUUCGAUCAAGCGGGAUGAGUCAGGUGCGCCGAUUGAAAAAGAAAACGGACAAUACGAAGUCCAGUCAGAGCUGUAUAAUACACUGGAGAUUACCUCCAAGCCAGUGGAUGAAAUGAAAAUGCGACUGAAAAUAGCAAGAGCAUAG